ACGGAUAUUAUGCUGUUUUCGAUUCUACAAGAUUGCAAUCGAACGGCCUUAUCUUUUCAUUUCAGUAUAAAUAAUAAAUCAUAUCAGAGAGAUUGCCAGUGCAGCAGUUGGAUUUGAUUUAACGGUACCAUGUGGGCAUCACUAUUCUGGUUGGCCGCACUGGCCACGCUCAGCAAGGCGUGUACGCCGAGCGUCACAACUGUGAGCGGGUCACACGCCCCGGCCACCGUCUGCUCGGGCGCUCUGAUCUUCAGCGACGAGUUCAACGAGUUUGACCUUGAGAAGUGGCAGCAUGAGAACACGCUUGGUGGCGGAGGUAACUGGGAGUUCCAGUACUACAGCAACAACCGCACCAACUCGUUCGUGCACAGCGGCAACCUGUUCAUCAGGCCUUCUCUGACAUCUGACCAGUUCGGCAACGCCUUCCUCGCCAGCGGUACUUUGAACAUUCAUGGUGGAGCUCCCGCUGAUGAAUGUACAAACCCACAAUGGUGGGGCUGCGAACGCACCGGUACCCCCACCAACGUACUGAACCCGAUCAAAAGCGCGCGCGUGCGCACCGUCAACUCCUUCAACUUCCGCUACGGACGCGUCGAGGUGCGCGCUAAGAUGCCCGCUGGGGACUGGCUGUGGCCUGCUAUCUGGCUGAUGCCAGCCCACAACGUGUACGGCACCUGGCCUUCCUCGGGCGAGAUCGACCUGGUGGAGUCCCGCGGCAACCGCAACAUGUUCCAAAACGGCCUGCACAUCGGUACCCAGGAGGCCGGCUCUACUCUGCACUACGGGCCCUAUCCUGAGCUGAACGGAUGGGAACGCGCCCACUGGCUCAGGAGGAACACCAAUGGAUACAACAGCAACUUCCAUCGCUAUCAGCUUGAAUGGACGCCAGACUUCCUAAGGUUCAGCAUCGACGACGUGGAGCUGGGCCGCGUGGCUCCCGGCAACGGUGGGUUCUGGGAGCACGGUGGCUUCGGCCAAGGACGUGACAUCAGCAAUCCUUGGCGCUACGGCUCCAAGAUGGCGCCUUUCGACCAGAAGUUCUACCUCAUCAUGAACGUGGCUGUCGGCGGCACCAACGGAUUCUUCCCUGACGGCGUCUCCAACCCAUCCCCCAAGCCUUGGUGGAACGGCUCUCCUUCUGCUGCGACAGAUUUCUGGCUCGCUCAGAACGCGUGGCUGCCGACCUGGAACCUGGACGUGAACGACGGCCAGGACGCCUCAAUGCAGGUCGACUACGUGCGGAUCUGGGCUCUCUAGCAACCUUCUUUCUUCACAAAUGGGCACGGGCCAUAACUCGACAAUUGACGCCUUACAAGCUCCUCAGCGGGCUGUGUACAGGGGGCCUAGCCAAUGUGCUAAUUGUUUACGCUACGACAGCGUAACGCUUUCUGUCUCUCUAGUGCAACAGAGAGACAUGUACCGUUUCGUUGUCAUAGCGCAAAAGAUUGGCAUCUUGGCUAGGCACCCAGAUGUCUAAUUUGCGGAAAGUCUCCAAUAGUUCGUGUCAUCCACGAUGACGCGUAGAUUUGUCAAAUCUAACCUUUAAUUACAUGUCAAUACGGGUCAAGGCAUGCGUCGUCGUGAAAGACACGAUCUAUUAUUGAACUCAAGUUUCUAAUUCGGAACGUCCAACGUACAAGCUUUACCUUUUUGGAGACCUUCCGUUGCCACGUGUAUAAAAAUAUUAUUUAUCGAAAAAGACUUCUACUUAGUUUUGAGAUAAGGUUCAAAAUGUCCAACCUACAAAAUAAAUACAAAUACAAUUUUUA